AUGUGUCACCGGAUCUUCUAUCAGGAGAAUCAUUCCGAAACGAAAACGCCGAUGGGAAAUGCUAUUGUUCGAGUCUAUACUGCUAUAUUACAGUAUGCAGCGGAAGUCCGGAAGACGCAGCAAGCCAAUAGGAAAGAAGGUGCUAGGAAAUGUUACUGUGAUAGCGGAUCAACCACUUUCGAAACUGAAGUCCCGCAUCAACGAGGAGGAACAGAACUUCCAGAAAUAGGUUCAAGUCGAUCGAUAUCUCCGGCACAAAACAGAAGCACAAAAUAUCCUAGUUCGAAUUGGCGAGAUGAUUGUAUCGAUCUACGAUCUCCACCGGACCUUUGA